UUCUGACUGACUUUCUCGUCGCGCACCAACUUCACGGCGGCACCUUAUCUUUCCACAACCCGUCCUACACCACCAUGAAUCGCAACAAAAAGAAGGGCGGUAACGGCGAUCGUAACAAGUUCGGCAACCGCAAGCGCGAACGCGGUACCGGACCUGCCAAGGGCGAGCGCGGGAACUACACUUCAAUUACCACGGAGAACGCGCUUUUCGAACGUUUCUACAAGGAGAGCAAUGUUGUACCCGAGGACGAGUGGGAGGACUUCUGGGGAGCUCUGAAAAGGACUCUCCCGACUACCUUUAGGUUUACCGGAUCCAGAGGCCAUGCGUUGACUACUCUGAAGGCGCUCCAGGAUAUCUAUAUCCCGCACCUGAAGGGCAUUGAGUGGGACGGACAGCUAGUUGACCCUCCCAGGCCGUUGGCUUUCUAUCCUGACAAUCUUGCUUGGGGAAUGACCACCGGAAAGUCUGUUAUCCGCCGAUGCCCGCCUUUCAAGAAGUUCCAGAACUACCUUGUCGCCGAGACUACCAUUGGAAAUAUCUCUCGCCAGGAAGCUGUCUCGAUGAUUCCCCCGUUGCUCAUGAAUAUCGAGCCCCACCACGUGGUACUCGACAUGUGCGCCGCCCCCGGGUCAAAAACUGCGCAGCUUGUAGAGAUGAUACACAAUGGAGAAGAGGCCGCUGUCAGCGCUUCUUCGACGGGCACCGGCUCGGCGGAGAUGACCAAGGAAGGCGAGAUGGGCGGAAGAGCGACGGGUAUCGUCAUCGCCAACGAUGCCGACUACAAGCGCAGUCACAUGUUGAUCCACCAGACUAAACGUCUCAAUUCUCCCAACCUGAUCGUCACGAACCACGAUGCCACCAUGUACCCAAGCUUGCUCAUCUCCAACCCCAAAGAUGAAGUGAAGCAGUACCUCAAGUACGAUCGCAUUCUCGCUGAUGUACCUUGUUCGGGAGACGGAACAGCCCGCAAGAACUACAACGUCUGGAAGGAUUGGAACCCUCACGGUGCAUUCAACCUCCAUGCGAUUCAAGUCAGAAUCCUGGUGCGCGGGCUUCAGAUGCUCAAGGUUGGCGGAAGACUAGUGUACUCGACCUGUUCCAUGAACCCCAUCGAGAACGAGGCCGUUAUCCAAACCGCUAUCCGCCGCUGCGGUGGCAUGAGCAAGGUGGAGAUCGUAGAUGUGAGCGACCAGCUUCCGAACCUCAAGCGCAAGUCAGGCCUCAAGGGUGGCUGGAGGGUUAUGGACAAGGACCAGCAGUGGUACUCCACGUACAACGAUAUCCUCACAGAUGACGAAGGCAAAGAGACCCGGGUUGGUCGGAUUACGAAAAGCAUGUUCCCUAGCGAAGAUGGCAAGGCGGAAGAUGACCCCUCCAGAAUUCCCCUUGAGCGGUGUGUUCGCGUCUACCCACACCUUCAGGACACUGGUGGUUUCUUCAUCACUGUCCUGAGGAAGAAGGAGGAGAUUCGUGCCAUCGAGCCCGAGAUUACUAAGCAGCAAAGGCUUGCCGAGCUCCAGCAAUCAACAGGUACCAGCACUCCCGUUGAGGUCUCCACACCAGUUGAGGCAUCAGAAAUUACCCUCAAGACCGAAAUCAUUCCUGUUCUCCAGCAAGAACGGAACACCACCCCCUCUCCUCCUCCCUCACCCGGCAAGCGCAAGCUGGACUCACCAGCGCCUGCUCCAACUGUCAAGAAGCUUAAGGCGGAAGUCGACGAGACCAGUGCCGUUCCGGAAACCGAAGAUGCCUCGAUUAUCAUUUUGCCGCCGGCGCCGGAAGUCUCUACUGAAGCUCCCAGGGCCUUCAACCCCCGCACCUCCACUGGCAAGAAGGGACCCCCACCAGAGGAACCUUUCAAGUUCCUUCCCUUCGACCAUGAGGUUUUACAGCGUAUCUACGCUUUUUAUGGCCUCUCUGACCGCUUCCCGAGAACAUGUUUCAUGGUCCGAAACGCUGAGGCCCUCCCCGUCCGUGCGAUCUACUUCACCUCACAUCUGGCGAAGAAGAUCCUGCAGUCCAACGAGGGACGUGGUGUCAAGUUCGUUCACUGUGGUGUCAAGGCUUUCAUGAAGCAGGAUGUCCAGUCUCCGGAGGUGUGCCCGUGGAGGAUCCAGAGUGAGGGCCUUAACAUCGUGGCCCCAUGGAUUGGCUCGGAACGCUUGGUGCACGCCACCAAGAGGGAAACCGUGCACACCCUGCUUCGUGAGCUCUUUCCCAAGGUCGGAGGGCAAGAGAAGGCGGCCAAAGAGAAUGAGUCUAAGGGAGAAGACACCGACGAGGUCAAGGAGGGGGAGGCGAAGGAUGUGGCCGUACCUGAAGCAGACGUCACUGCGGAGGUAGAGGAUAUGACAGUUGCUAAGGGCUCCUUCAUGACUAUCGGUGAAAUCGACGAGCAGGUCAGCAACCUUGGCAUGGGCUGCUGUAUCCUCAAAGUAGCCAAAUCUCCUGGCGAGUUCGACGACGAUAUGAUCCUACCGCUGUGGAAGAGCCGAUUCAGCUGCAACUUGAUGCUGCCCAAAGACGACCGGAAGGCUAUGCUACUGCGGUUGUUCGAUGACACUUCCGACAUCAAGGACUCGACAAACAAGAAUCACCACUCCCACCGGGAUGCAAAUGUAGCGGCUAAGCUAGCAAAGGCUGAGGAGGCUGAGGGGGCGGAGGAGAAGUCAGAGGAGGUAGACACCGAGAUGGCUGAUGAGGAAGCCAAAGAUGAAGAGAUGGUCGAGGCGUAGUUAUAGAUGUGUAAGCUCUUACAUAUGGAUUACUGGGUAAUAAAAGUUGAUGUGCUUGCUUGAGA